UCUUUCCCAAAAUUAUCAUCCUCAUCUAAAUUCAACUAAUUAUUUCUCAAUUUUCCUCCUUUAAUCACUUGUUUUUUUUUUUUUCUUACUUUCUUUAGUUUUUUUUCUUGGAAAAUGGCUUCAAGAGGAUCUAAAGUAUGUUUAGUGCUCCUAGUUUUAGUAAUGGCCUUAACAUGGAAUGGAGUAAAAGCUCAAUCAGGCGGCAGCAGUUGCACAAAUGUGUUACUUAGCAUGUCCUCUUGCCUUAACUUCAUAACCGGCAACUCCUCUUCCCCUGCAUCUUCAUGCUGCUCGGCUCUUUCAAACGUUGUCCAAUCACAGCCUCAGUGCCUUUGCUCGGCUCUCAGCAGUGGGGCAGCUUCCUCUUUAGGUGUUGCAAUCAACCAAACCCGAGCUCUCGGUCUACCCAAUGCUUGCAAUGUACAAACUCCACCUGUUAGUCAAUGUGGUGGAACAGGAGGACCUUCAGCUUCAGGUGCAGCUCCAGCAGGUUCUCCAGCAGCAGGAAAACCAGAUGCAGAACCUGAAGGCCCAUCAGCUGAUUUUCCCUCAGGAUCAGGAUCCAAGACAGUACCAUCAACUGAUGAAUCAAAUGGAAGCACCAUUACAUCUUCCCUUUAUCUGCUGUCUUUUAUACUCUCAGUUGUGUCCUGUACUUCUGCUUUGGCAAUUUUUUGAGCCAUUUUGUAGCAUCCUUUAGCAAAAUUUAUGUAUGUGAUUGUACUAUAUUAAUUAGUUUGUCAUGGUUGUAGAGUGAAUUUUGGGACCAUAUUGGCUCCCCUGUUGGCCCUGUCAUUGAAUUUGUUGAGCAGUUUGUGUAAUAUUGUUUGCUUGAUUGAAAUUAAUAAAGUUGUACCACACUUUUCAGAUUAA